UACACCCGUAAGUCACCUCUCUCCCAUUCACCUGGGAAUAAUUUCCGCCACAAAAAUAUAUUCCAAUAGAAAAAAAUACAACAUUAUUAGAAAAAGAAAAGAAGAAAAAUAAAGAGCCUUAUCCAAAAUAAAACAUUUUCAAAGAAGAACACCCGUCAAUGGCAGCGCUAUCGCCACCAUCUCUGCAACUCUCAACGGCGCCGUUUCCUUCUCCACGGCUCUUCUUUCAACCCAAAUUCAAACCCCACCUCUCCUUCACCAUCCGUGCCGCCACUGACGAUGAUAACCAAACUGAAACUGGACCCCAACCUCAACCCGAAUCCGAUGACGAACCAUUUGAGUCUCGUUUGUCAAAGGUCCGACUCCGUUAUCGGAGUGGAACAGGGAAAAAAGCGGAGGUCAGAAAAUCCAAAAAAGGGGUAUCCAAAUCUGGAUCCGGAUCUGGAAUGUAUCUGCCACCGGUGCCAUUAAAGGAGGCGUCGUCGGGCGGAGUGAAAGUGGAGUUCGGGUUUAGCCAGUAUAGCGAACGAGUAAACGGGAGGAUAGCGAUUUUGGGGUUAACGGCGUUGAUAUUGGUGGAGCUGGCGACGGGUAAGGGCGUGAUAAAUUAUCACACGCCGGCGAUUGUUUUAAUUCAGGUUUAUUUUGUAGCGGCGGUUUCAGCUCUGUACAUUAAGUACGAAAAGGAGAAGGUUAGUGUUUGGCCUGAAUCUUCACCGUCGAAAGAGUGAUGUAAGGUUAGCUUAUGGGAAUUGUUUCUGAAAAUUCCUGUUUGGAUUUUGUUGAAAUUUCAUCAACUGGUAAAUUGGUUCA